AUGAACAAGCUGAUGGGCAGGUCGACAACCCCAGCACAAUGUCCCAUCACUGCAAAUUCCAUCACGUCGCUACUGCUGAGCAACGGCCGCUUCCCCAACGCAGACAAGGACUUCACCAGAACAACAUCGGCGAGAGUCCACGAGCUGCACAGGCCCCCGAGCUGCCACUCCAACCUAGCCCACGAUUUCACAACACAAGAAAUCGAGCAGGCCAUCCGACUGCUGAAAACCGGCAAGGCACCAGGCACCAGGCACCGCCGGCAUCCACCAAGGCACCAGGCACCGACUGCUGAAAACCAGCAAGGCACCAGGCACCGCCGGCUAAAAACUGGCAAGGCACCAGGCACCGACGGCAUCCACCAAGGCAAGAAGGCAACUGACUGGCUGUGCCCCUUCCUCUCCACGUGUUUCCGCUGCCUGAAGCAACCAAAGAUCUGGCGCCGUGCCAAGAUCCUGGAACGUCUCCUCCACACACGUCUCAAUCCAGUGAUCGACCCCCAGCUGCCCAAAGAACAGGCUGGCUUCCGAAGCGGUAGGUCAACGGCGGACCAGGUGACCCUCCUGUGCCAAGACAUAGAGGACAGCUUCCAGGCAGGGGAGAAGGCUGGCGCUGUCGUCUUGGACCUCACAGCUGCAUAUGAUACUCUCUGGCUGCGUGGACUACACAUGAAGCUUCUGGAAACCAUCCCAGACAAGCACAUGGUGAGCUUCAUCAUGGAGAUGCUGAGCAACGGCAGCUUCAGGCUAUACGCCAGCAAUGGGGAAGUGACCCGCGAGAUGAACGUCAUGGUGGAUAACGCCCGGUCCCAGCCCGUCUCCACGUACCUCGGUGUGAAGCUCGACAGAACGUUGUCGUUCAAACAACACCUGGAAGGUGCCAAGGCAAAGACAAUUGGAGGUAUCUACACCGUGAUUCAAACGAAGGCGAAGGUUACAACAGAUGAAUGGAAUGACAACUACUUUCUGAUGGGUCCGUACUUUGAGCACAACGUCAGGACCCAGGUGGAGCUGGAGGAACCCCAGAACCCCGUGAUCAAACGGACCAUUGAUUCGAUGAAUUCCAAGGGCUGUAAGGUUUACUUUGGGAAGUGGCUGAUCGAGGGCAAUCCGUGCGUGAUCCUGUUUGACGUGGGAUUUUCCUCCUGGAACCUGGAGCGCUGGAAGGCGGAGCUGUGGGACUGCUGUGCCAUCGGAGUGCCCUGGCACGACCGGGAAGCCAACGAUGCCAUCCUCUUCGGGUUCCUCAUCGCCUGGUUCCUGGGAGAGUUUCUCAGCCAGUGCGGGGAUAGCUGCCCUUUCAUCAUCACUCACUUCCACGAGUGGCUGGCCGGCGUGGGUCUCAUCAUGAGCAGGUUCCGCAGGCUUCCCAUAGCCACCAUCUUCACCACGCACGCCACACUCCUGGGCCGCUACCUGUGUGCUGGAAAUGUCGACUUCUACAACAACCUUCCAAAUUUUGACGUGGACCGCGAGGCGGGCGAGAGGCAGAUUUACCACCGCUACUGCAUGGAGCGCGCGGCUGUCCACUGCACGCACGUCUUCACCACAGUGUCGCAGAUCACAGCCGUGGAGGCUGAAUACCUGCUGAAGUGCAAACCUCAUGUGAUCACUCCAAAUGGACUGAACUUGAAGAGGUUCUCUGCCAUGCACGAGUUCCAGAAUCUGCACUCCAGGAACAAGUUGCGGAUCCAAGAGUUCAUACGGGGCCACUUCUACGGACAUUUGGACUUUGACUUGGAUAAGACUCUGCAUUUCUUCAUUGCCGGCCGAUACGAGUUCACCAACAAAGGGGCGGAUGUAUUCCUGGAGGCACUGGCACGCCUCAACUACCUUCUCCGGACUCACCAAAGUGCUGUGACGGUCAUUGCUUUCUUCAUCAUGCCUGCCCGCACCAACAACUUCAAUGUGGAGUCCCUGAAGGGCCAGGCCGUACGCAAGCAGCUGUGGGACACGGCCAACACAGUGAAGGAGAAGUUUGGGAAGAAGAUGUACGAGUCGUUGCUGGUAGGGGAGUUACCGAACAUGAACAGAAUGGUUGACCAGGAAGACAUCACCAUGAUGAAGCGAGCACUCUUCUCCGCACAGCGGCACACCUUGCCUCCCGUCUGCACACACAACAUGUUGGACGACUCCACCGAUCCCAUCCUCAACACCAUCCGGCGCAUCGGCUUGUUCAACCAUUCCAACGACCGGGUGAAGGUGAUCUUCCACCCAGAGUUCCUGUCCUCCACCAGCCCACUGUUGCCACUCGACUACGAGGAGUUUGUCCGCGGCUGUCACCUGGGAAUCUUCCCCUCCUACUACGAGCCCUGGGGUUACACGCCAGCGGAGUGCACGGUGAUGGGUAUUCCCAGCGUUUCCACCAAUCUCUCCGGUUUCGGAUGCUUCAUGGAGCAACACAUCACGGACCCUUCUGCCUACGGCAUCUACAUCUUGGACCGGCGCUUCAAGAGCUUGGACGAGUGCUGCAACCAGCUGACCUCGUUCCUCUACAGCUUCUGCCAGCAGUCCCGGCGACAGAGGAUCAUUCAGAGGAACCGCACCGAGCGUCUCUCCGACCUGCUGGACUGGAACUACCUGGGCCGGUACUACAGCCAGGCCAGGCUGCUGGCUCUUGCCAAAGCCUUUCCUGACCAAUUCACCAUUGACGAGUCAGGAAGAUCAGGCAGCUACCACUACACUGCCACAUCAUCGUUCAACAAUUCCCCCAAGUUUUCGCUGGAGUCCAGUCCACACAUCAGUGACACGGAGCGCUACACUGAGGAGGAGGAAGCUGCGAAAGAUCGCUCCAGCAUCAAGAUAGGGACCAUCGAUGACCUCAUCCCCGAGCUGACCAGAACUCUCAAGGCCAGCUUCGGAUCCCAGUUCUCAUCCACCAUCCAGAGUCCACCAAAGAACAGCGACAGUUCCGACUCCUCCGGACCCCCUAACGCAGACAUGAUGUCUCCCAUAGACUCCCCCAAUGCCACCGGCCCCACCAGUACCACCACCUACCCCAUCCACCCCACCACCUACCCCAUCCGCCCCACCAGUACCACCGCCGCUGCCCCACCCACAUUUGGCAUUGACUCGCCUCCCAUUGGGCCCCCCAAAGCAUCCACCAAUAUCACCGCCGCCACCCAACCCACCCAAGCCAAAGAGCCGACCAAUGCCAGUACCUCAACCAAUCACCCCAAUCCCACCGGGAUGAGCAAGGCCAGCAAGAAGUCGUGA